AUGAGCCAGGAUCCUGUAUACAAUGUAGAGGACGCAGAGAAACAUUUUGAGGAAUUCAUGACAGCUCACGAUAAAAAAUAUGAGAGUGAUUCAGAAAAGUUUCAGCGACUGUUGAUAUUUACAAGCAAUUUACACGAGGUUAAUAAAAAGAAUGCAGAAAGCAGAGGCGCGGUAUACGGUAUAAAUAAGUUUUCUGACCUCACUAAAGAAGAGUUCCUCAAAUACUACACGGGAUUUAAACCGGGCACGAAAGAACCAAAAUGCGCUGUCUCAAUAAGUGAACGGAACUCCUCAAUUACGGCACCAGAUGCAUUUGAUUGGAGGAGCAAGAAUGUCGUUAGUAGAGUCAAGGACCAGAAGAUGUGCGGUUCCUGUUGGGCGUUUGGUGCUUCUGGCGCCGUCGAAAGUGAAUACGCAAUAAAAUAUAAGAAAAUACAAGAAAUAUCCGAACAGCAACUGGUCGAUUGUGAUAAGAGGUCCGAGGGAUGCUCUGGUAGUACGGAGUUGGAGUUUCCAUUUUAUCAUUUCAUUGAAAAUGGAGCCAUGUCAGAAGAAGACUAUCCUUAUGAGGCAAAAGAUGCAAGUUGUAAAUAUGAUACGAGUAAAGUUAAAAUAAAACUAGAAGGCUGCAGAAACCUCGAUGUCAAGAAUAAUGAGGACAAACUUAAGGAUUUGUUGCAUGAGUACGGGCCAGCAACCAUAGCUAUCGAUGCAUCUGCUCUCUCUGGAUAUACUUCUGGUGUUGUGCUUGCGGAUGACUGCGAAAGUGAUACUGUUAACCAUGCUGUUUUGCUGGUUGGUUAUGGAACAGAAAAGGAUGUUCCCUUCUGGAUCAUUAAAAAUUCUUGGGGUGAAAGUUGGGGAGAGAAAGGGUACUUCAGGAUGCAGAGAGGCAUCAACUGCCUAAAUAUUCAAGCUAGUAAGCCAGUGCAAGCUAUCAUUGCUUAA